UGGAAAUUACAUCGUCGCCUAUAUAAUGAUGCAUUCAAGCGCGAUGCAGUGUCCCAAUACCAAACAACGCAAAUACACGGAACUCGGGUACUUCUUUCAUACCUGCUAUCCGAUCCCGGAUCAUUUGGAGAGCACUUCCACUCAUAUGCAGCAUCUACCAUUCUAUCUGCCGUUUAUGGGUACGAAGUAACUUCAGCUGAAGAUCCCUUGCUCCGCAUUGUAGAAACCGCGGACGACCUCAUUGUCGCAAACGCCGCAUUCACCAAUGUAGGACUUAUCUCGGCACUACCCCUUCUUACGAGGCUGCCAAAAUGGCUCCCGGACUUCGGUUUCAGGACGACGAUAGCAGCACUAUGCAAUAGUAUAAGUACAGCCACGAUCACACCUUACGAGCAUGCUAAAGCCGCUCUAUCAAACGGACCAGUUUCAGCCUCUAUGGUAGCUGGCAUAUUGCGGAAAUGGAACGACAGUCCACCCUCAGAUCAUGCAGAGGCGGCGCUCAAAAAUGCAGCUUUUACAGCGUUUGUUAAACACUCCCGACAGACGACAUCGGUUCUUCUGAGCUUUGUAUAUGCAAUGUUAACGCAUGGCGAAGCUCAGAGACGCGUCCAACAGCAAAUAACUGAGGCACUGGGAGCGGAUAGAUUGCCUACGUUUGAAGACAGGAAUUCUCUACCGUUGGUAGACGCGGUCCUGAGGGAGACCAUACGGUGGACUUCGGUCGUCCCGAUUAACAUCCCACACAGCACCAGUGCCGAUGACACUUACGAGGGCUACUUGAUACCAAAAGGUGAAGCCUCAAACCGAUAUACUUCCUUGGACAUCUUUCACGACGAGCGCAUCUACGCAGAUCCUGACACCUUCAAUCCUGAACGCUGGCUUCGUCCCGACGGUUCAAUCUCGGAUGACACAUCAUACGCAAUGACCUUUGGGUUUGGAAGACGUGUUUGCCCGGGACAACACUUCGCCGAAUCCUCGCUUUGGUUAGCUACAGCGACUAUACUUACCAUGUUUAACAUUUCGAAGGAGAAAGAUGGAGACGGCAACGAAGUGGAUUCCCCGCCACGGUGGACAACGGGGCUAGUAUCAUAUCCAACGGAUUUCCGUUGCUCAAUUACACCUAGAACCAGUGGUCCGGAAGCUGUACUUAGAAACAUGGAGCAGUAA